AUACUACUCCACAGUUUCAUUGAAAGACAACCAAAUUCGUUUGUAGCGAUGGUACCAAAAGCGCCUGGGUCACAGCUGGGAUUCCACGAGCCGAAGCUGCCGAGCAGAUUGUGGAGAACGUACUAGCAGAUGAGCGGUGCUGGUUGGUCCUGGUUUCAUCAAUAUUCCGCACCGGCUGUGCUAAUGUCCGUCCAACAACUGUUCCAUUGAUCACUAGAAAACAAUUUCCACCUUCAUUAGCACUCCGUCGUCUUCACCACUCAGCGGACGGCCUCUGGACCAUCGUGAGAGUCUCGCUUCCGCGAAUUUGCUCCCUCCCGGCCCGUCGAUCGCAUGGCUAGGCAACUUGGUGCUCACAGUCUUGGUGUGAAGUGAAAACAGUUGGGGAUCAGUUGAAGGGGGUGAUUUUCCUGGUGAGACUUUCCUUUCCAUCGGAAGAAGAAGGAGAACAAGAAGGAUGAGAAGCUAAAACAGGAUUUUUAUCGAGUCAUGGGACUGCUCUUGCUGCUGCUGCUAUGGCUAUGUGCUGCUCAAGCCCGGGACUCUUCGUCUUUGUUUGUCAAGGUUGCUCACCACCGAAGCCAGAUAAGGAGGAGUUUCAAGUUUCCACCUCGAGCAUUCGGGGAGAGGACGGAGGAUAUCAGGCUCAUUGGGAAUGCGGCAGUGAUGGGGGAUGGAUCGAUAAGAAUUCCAGCUCAGGACGCGCAAGCCAAUCAAGCGGGACGAGCGCUCUUUGCAUCGCCAGUCCGGAUGUGGGAUCCAAACACCAGCAUCCCGGCCUCGUUCGACACUACCUUCUCCUUCGUCAUCCAGAGCUCGUCGUCGUCCACAAGCCAUGAAACUGGUGGAGGCCUGGCUUUUAUCAUAGCUCCGGAUGAACUGACGGUUGGUCGAGACGCUGGCUAUCUGGGAAUGCUCAACGAUGCGUGCGUCCACCACCGGCGAGGCAACAGCAGCGAGGGUAGGCGUCCCGUGAUCGCGGUGGAGUUUGACACUUUCAAAGACGACGAGUUUGGCGAUCCCAAUGACAACCAUGUUGGCCUGAACUUGGGAAGCGUCAUAUCCAACGAGACGGCCGAUCUCUCCAACGCGGGAGUGUUCCUGAGGAACGGCUCGUCUGUGACUGCCAGGAUCAGCUACGACAGCUCCAUCCAGCACCUCCAAGUUCGAGUGAGUUCCACUCCUUCCUCGCGCGACCCCGAGUUUGAUCCGGCCAAGCAAGACAGCUUACUCGACGACGAUCAGGUUCUUCCACUGAUUUCCACGCCGGUCGAUCUCUCCAGCUUUCUCAAGGAGUACAUGUUCGUCGGCUUCACGGCUUCCACCGGUGCCGAGGCUCUCUCCCACAGCAUCCUCUCGUGGACCUUCUCGUGUGCCAGCCACGCCGUCCAGAGGUUCCCGCCGGUGACUCUCAGCAACAGCAAGGAAACCAUCUCCCACCGAGAGGAAUGCGAAGACGCCAUCGUGGAGGACAAGUUCGACCACGCCAGCGGCAGAAAGGGCCAUCCCCCGGCCAUCUUCUUCGUGUUCGUCAGCGUAAGUGCUACCGUCCUCUCGCUGGUUCUCAUCGUGCUCGUUUCUUGGCGAAGGAACAGAGCUCACUCGAGCAAAACCAUUAGUGCUAGUAUUAGUGGCGGUGGUGGUGGCUGUGGUGGUGAUCCAUGGAGCAUGCCAGUCGUGAUGCUCCCAAGGCCGAGGCCGCUCCACAGGCCCCGAGAGUUUGAUCUUCCUGAGCUGGUGGUAGCAACCGGGGACUUCGCCGAGAAGCAGAAGCUCGGGCAGGGGCCGCUCGGAGUAGUUUACAGGGGAAGCUUGCAGGAUGGCAGCUUGGUAGCGAUCAAAGUUCUCAGCAACGUCUGGCCGGUCUCGUCCUCAGGUGUGCUGUGCGUGCCGAGCUUGAACAUGAGCAAGAACAGGAAGCGCAAGCAGCAGCUCAUCUCGGAGAUCCUCCCGGCUUUCAGCAAGCUCAGGCAUCCCCGGUUGGUUCCAGUCCGGGGUUGGUGCGAGUCAGGCCCGGAUCUCAUGGUGGUUUACGAGUACAUGCCCAACGCGAGCCUGGAUAAGUGGCUCCAUCCCGCGGAAGCUCUCCUGGCGCUGCCGUGGAUCCACCGCUGGAAGCUGGCAGGGGACGUAGCCGCGGCCCUCCUCCAUCUCCACAUGUCGAACUUCCUCCACGGCCGCGUCAAGUCGAGCAACGUUCUCAUGGAUAUCACCUUCCAGGCCCGGCUCGGUGACUUUGGCUUGCUCGGCUCGAGCUCCUCGCGAGCUCCAAGCUCUUCGGAUCAUCAUCCUCAGCCAGAGUAUCAUCUUCCUCCGGAGGCGAGCUCCUUCUCGGAUCCGUGGACCCGAGAGAUGGACGUCUAUGGAUUUGGGAUCGUUUGCCUGGAGCUCGUCUCCGGGGGUCCUCCAAGUUCCGAGGAGGGUGAGUCUCUGGUGGAUCGAGCGUGGCUGCUACACGAGCGGGGGUGUGGAAUUGGAGAGCUGGUCGAUCCGAGGCUUGGGGGGAGCUUCGUGUUUGAUCAAGCAAUGACCCUCUAUGGAGUUGGAUUGCUUUGCUCUCAUCCGGAUCCGAGAUCCAGGCCCGCGAUGGAAGGCGUGGCGCGCUUGCUGGAGCGCAGGACGGACGUUCCCCCUAUCCCGGCAAGAACUCCCGCGAGGUGUGAUUAACGUGAUUAAUGUGUAAAGGUUGCCAUGCAACUCUGCAAGGAGACGCAUUUCUUUUCUGAUCCAUUGUGGGAAAGGAAACAAAAACCGUUAAUGGAUAGUGUUUUCUUCCUACUAAAGUAACGUGUAAGAUAAAAGGUGUUCUAGGGCACAUUUCUUU